AGAGCGGGAGGUUCAGGAAGACGUGUCGGCGGACAUUCUCGGGGCUGCGGCUUAAAACAGGUCGCUUCACUCACACGGCGGUGUUCAUUCCCGGCGCUGAAGUCCGGCGCUGUGAGUUAAGCUCGCCGGUCAGCUCCGCGCUCGUCGCUGCUGCGGGCGCUGCGGGUUUGUAGCGGAGCUCAGUCUGAGCUCCACACCGAGUCCAGCAGAGAAGCGACACCGGCCGGUCAGAGGACGAAGCCCAGGGCUCCGCUGUCCGCGCCGCGGGAGGAGGACGCGCUUUACUACAUUAAGCCAUGACUGCUCUCCCGGAGCAUCAGGUGUCCUUCUGGAUGGACAAAGCAGUGAAGUGGGGCCAGGCUACAUCGCACUCUGUUCAGCUGGACACAACCAGGCACAUGGACUCUCUGAAGAGCUUCCUUCAGCAGCUCCUACGGACACUGCAGCCGAUGAGCUCUACCACGGAGGCCAUGAAGAGCCUUCCCUUUGUGGGCCAGUUCCUGGGAAGACUUUGCUGGAACCCAUAUGUUACUGCGGAUGGAGAAAGCCAGAGGCUUCUGCUACAGUGUGUGGGGUGUUUGUAUAGUGCGGAGCCAAAAAAUGCAGUGGAGCGCCGGGCCAACGACUGGAUACGGAAUCUGCUGUGCCAUCUAACAUCGGAGGAAGAGGGCAGUGUGGUGCAUGCCCUGGAAAAGCACUCUGGCUCUAUACCUCAACAGUAUUAUUCAGAGACUCUUAAAAAGAUGGUGGCAUUAUUGACAGAGGAGGUCAGUAAGAAUCGUAUCACAAAGUCUUCAGAAAGGUGCUCAUGUGAUGAUAUCCAUGCAGUAUCGGUAGCGUGUGUUCCUUUGGUCACACAUCCUGAUGCAGCUCCUCUCAUUGGUGCUCUGUUGAAGCGGCCCGGUUCCUGUAGCUGUUCUCAUCUCAGUGAGGAGUUCAUAGAAGCAGUUAGCGCAGCCUGGCUCAGAAGGAAGCUGGUGGUUGAGGACGAUGCCUUAAUGGCUCUGUGGUGUCAUAGCUUGUCUAGUCUGGAGAGGGCAGUGCUGAGUCUGCUGGAGUCCGUCCUCUCUGAUCAAGGGUCAGUGUUGCAAACUCUGGAGAAAGCCGUCACAGAAUCUUUACUGCCCAAAGCAUCAGCCCUGCAUUGUCACAUCUUUCUUAUAGUGAAUGAUGUUUUCAGGAAUGCGUUGAGGGCAAUAGAGGAAAAUCUGGCUGUGAGAGCACUCAUAAAGGUUUUCACUGGCUGCUUUCUCAAGAGCCGCACUGCCCAGAAGCCACAGGAAAACCUGCCACUGAGAGCCUUUUUUCCUCAUGCACCCCAAAAUCUCCUCACACCUUUAUUAACAGCACCAUCAGAAGUGCCAAAGCAGGCGUGGUUGAAACACCUGCACUGGAUUGUGAAGUUGUUCCAGGAGAUCCUGUGUGAGAGAAAUGAGAGAGAAGAGGAGGUGAAGGAGGAGAGUCCAAGGCGACGCAGGGCUGUGUUUGAGGCUUGGUUCUUGCUAGUGCAAUGUGGGCACUGGGUGGACGCAGCUGCUGAGCUGCUGGUCUCUGUAGGAUCUGAAGAAUCCGAGCCUCUUCUUUUCCUCUUGACGUUCUACCAUCACCCUACCAACAGAGGGCACCAGAGCGCUCAGCAGACUAUAGUGGCAAGAGAGGCUUGGAGUCAUUUGAGGAUCCUCUUUCCCACGCACACUGCUCCUCCUGAGCAACUGUCUCCUGUGAACGAGCUACUCUCCUCCACUCUUUCAACAAACCUCAUUCUCCAUCUUCUGCUUAACUUUGCCAUCUUUUCUCAAGCAUCUAUCAGCAGUGUCACUGAAGUCAUACAGAAGGUGCUGAGUGAGGCCGGUAUGAGGCGUAGAGCGGUGUGGAUGCUCUCCUCCAUGCAGCACAGACUAAACAGAGAAGACUCACUGGACGCCAGAGUUCACCCUAGGCUAAGGACGCUUCAGGACAGCAUUGGGCCAGCCCACGCUGCAGGCUGCACAUAAACGCUCAAACGUGCCCAAACCCCAGCACUCGGUAAGCUGUUUAUUAGGACAAGGAUUCCUGGCGUGGUUCAGCUACACACUGAAAGACCGGCCUGCUGGAAAUGACAUUUAUGUGCUAAGCCCAGCUGCUGUUUUUAUUUUGAAAGCAGUGGAAGAUAUGGGGUGAUAUAUCAUGCCAAAUAAAAGGAGAACGUGUAUAUAUGGAAACCUCUGGUAAA